AUGGAGAUGGGGCUCAAGCUAGCCAAGUCUGAAAAGGAAAGAGAUAUCGAUGCAACUAACUAUAGAAAGAUUAUUGGAUGUUUCCGUUCUCUACUCCAUACUAGACCGGACUUGUCAUAUUGCAUUGGGGUAUUAAGCUGGUAUAUGGCAAACCCGAAGGAAUCGCAUGGCAUAGCAAUAAAACAGUGUCUACGGUACUUGCAAGGUACUACUACGCUUGGUCUAAACUUCGGGAGGUCAAAGGAUGAGAGAGAUGAAGUAGUUGGCUACAGCGACAGUUCUUAUAAUACAGAUCCUGAUGAUGGAAGGAGUCAAACAUAUACAUUCAAGGUAUCAUUUUAUCAGAGAAUGUGUGAGAAAGAGUUACUAGAAGUUGAGCAUGUACCGGGGAGUGAGCAAAAGGCAGAUGUUCUAACUAAAGCAUCGGGAAGAGUCAAGUAUAAAGAGAUGAGAGAUCUCAUAGGCAUUCAAGACUUGAAAGAUAUGAAGUUCAAGCUUAAGGAGAAGAAGACUGUUGAAGUAAGCUUGAAGAAAGCUUGA